GUAAAUGCAAAGGAGGGCAGAAGUUCCAGCGAUAAAUCCCCAGCUGAGAUUUAAGUCCACACUUACAGUAAACAAGUUUAUUUGUCGCUUGUUUUGCGGACUGUGCCUGUGUUCACCGACAUGGAGGAACUUCGGCACAGGGGACACAAGAGGGAGGGAAGACACAGGGACACGUGGGAUCCCUUCCAACUGAAUCCCAUCGGUGCUGAGAAGGAGCAGAAGAGAACAUGUUUCAAGUUGGGGCAGCACCUAGUGGCCAUCAUUGUGGGCCUUUUGGUCCUGACAACGGCAGUCUUGAGCAAGGGGUCUCUACUGAUUCUGUGCACAUUGACAAGUCCGUCUGCAAACGGAAAGGACCAAGAAAAACAGUAUUACAUGCUCUUACUUAUGGUCUGUUUGGUGGUGCCAAACUUUCUGGUCUUCCUGAAGUCACUUUGGAAAUGCGCCUUCAAGAGUUUUGUCACUCCAAACAUGAAGACAAUGGGGAUUAUUUGUCUGAUAGAGAGCUUAGCGGCCUUUGGGACAGCCGUGCUGGUGCUGAUCGUGAUGCCCCAGUUUGACAUCCUCACCAACCUAUUCAUCUCGGGCGGCGUGACCUCCGUCUCCUCCCUGCUGCAGAUCAUCUUCCGCCUCCAAAAGGAGAAGUGGAAAAUCAUCUUCCCCAUAUGUUCGCUGUUCCUCGUCUUGACCGGCUACGCACUCCUAGGCGUGGACUACUACGUCCGUGUCACCUCCUAUGUGUCAGAACAAAAAGACAGCUGCUACUAUUAUGUUGUUAUUGGCAUAUUCGCGUCUAUCCUGGUGUCACUGAACUGGUGGGAGAAUCCAUUUCAAGCCAGGAAAAUUCUCGAAGAAGAUCCCAGAAAACGAAUGCUCAAAGAGUUAGAGGGCUUCAGAGACUUUGUGUUUGUUAUCUCCAGCCUGUUGAGGAUCGUAGUCAUCGGGGGAGUGUGGGCCUUGUACUACAGUUUCAUAGCAGCAGAAACGAUUGUGUGGGAAGACUUCUCUAAUCUCCCCAGUGAGAUGUUAAACCAGGGCCUCAGUCUUUUUGCCCUGCAAGCCAUUUGCUCAGCUCUCUGCCACUGGUUCGGAGUGGUGGCGUGCAAGAUCCAUGCUGUGAAAUGGAGCUUCGCCCUUCCUGUUUCCCUCACCGGACCUGUCACCCUUAUUCUCGGCCUCAUCAUCUUUGUGGCCCGAGCCGAAACACUAGACGUUGGCGCUGUUUCUGGGUUCACAGAAUUUUGUACACUCCUGACAAAACAGGUGGUCGAAGGACAAAAUAAAACUGAAGUGCUGUUUGAAGUGUCCAAGAGUAUUUGCCGGACCUCCCUGAAUAACCACUAUGAAACCUGGCCAUUUGGCAUGCUUGCUCUGGAAGGGGUGUGUAUGUGGCUUGGACUGCUCACAGCAACACAACAUGUCUGGAAAAUCAAGGUCCAGAGGAUUGAAAGAACCUCACAGUUAUUCAUUCGUCGCCUGUACGAAUCGGCCUUCAUAGACCAGUCUUUGCUGCUUAACACCAAAAUGAAGGUUAUGCGAGCAAGGUUCCAGGAGAGUAAGGACGAAAUUGAGAACUGCGUGAUUUACCUCUGUGCAACUAUGUGGCAUGAAACCUAUGAUGAAAUGCUCAAGAUUCUCACGUCAAAGUUCAGGUUGGACAGAUACAGAGGAGACCCAAAGGAGGAACAUAACGACUGCUUUGACUUUGAGUGUCACAUAUUCGUUGAUGACGCCUUUAUGACAGACGAGGACACAGGGAAAAGAUUAGUCAAUGACUAUGUAAAUGAUCUCAUCCAUGUUGUCAUGGAAGUGUACAGGGUAUUUACCAACAAAGAACCAGACGAAGUGUCAAUUAUUGAAACUCCCUAUGGUGGGCGACUGGUUUUUGUCAUGCCAGAGGGAAACAUGUUGUAUGUUCACCUCAAAGAUAAAAAUCUGAUCCGCAACAAAAAAAGAUGGUCACAGAUAAUGUAUCUUUACUAUCUUCUUGGAUGGAAGGGCUACAUUUCGAAAAACCCACCAAAGAUAAUAAGACAGAAUAAUAUCUGCCGCGCCAGUCUCAUCUCGUUGGAUGGGGAAAGCUACCACCUGCCAAAUAUUGACAAUGACAGUAAAAGGAGGCACAUCACCGACAACAACACAUUCAUCUUGGCACUGGACGGAGAUACUGACUUCCAACCCGAAGCCAUGGUCUUGCUGGUUGAUCGUCUCAGAAUGUAUGACAGUGUUGGUGCUGCCUGUGGGAGAAUUCAUCCAACUGGAAUGGGUCCAAUGGUGUGGUAUCAGAAGUUUGAAUAUGCAGUCGGUCACUGGCUUCAGAAGACUGCAGAACACGUCUUUGGAUCAGUCCUUUGUAGUCCUGGGUGCUUCAGUUUAUUCAGGGGAUCUGCACUGAUGGAUGACAAUGUUCUAAAAAGAUACACCACCAAAGCAACCAGAGCUUCAGAGUAUGUCCAAUAUGACCAAGGUGAGGACCGCUGGCUGUGCACUCUGCUGCUGCAGCAGGGCUGGCGGGUGGAGUACAACGCUGCGUCGGACGCCUACACCAACUCCCCUGAGGAGUUCAAGGAGUUCUACAACCAGAGGCGGCGCUGGGGGCCCUCUACGCUGGCCAACACCUUGGACCUGCUCCACAGCGGAAGGGAGACGGUGAAGAAGAACGCCUCCAUCUCGAUGAUCUAUAUCUUCUACCAGAUUUUCACAGUGGGCGCCUCCAUCCUCGGGCCGGCCUCUGUCACUUUGAUGGUAGCAGGUGCUUUCCAGUUUGUGCUUCAAAUCCCAGGUACCGAGGCUAUCGCCAUAGCAUCCAUACCCCCAUUCGUCUACAUGAUCAUUUGCUUCGUGGCCAAACCAAACUUCCAGAUCACAGUUGCGGCAAUUCUAAGUGUUCUGUAUGCCUUCCUGAUGACAGCAUCGUUCUUCUCUAUCAUUGGUGAUAUGGUGAAACAGGGAACAUUCAUCACCCCGACUGGUCUUUUCCUGGUGUCCAUGGCCAUCAUGUAUCUGGUCACGGCUAUUCUCCACCCUCAGGAGUUCACCAUGAUCAUCUACGGGCUCAUGUACUUCAUCUGCAUACCCAGCGGCUACCUGCUACUCACCAUCUACUCCCUGGUGAACAUGCACAUCGUGUCCUGGGGCACCCGCGAGUCCAGCAAGGCCAAGGAGACGACAAAAACAAAAGGCACGCUGUGCGAUCGCACCUGCAAGCUGUGCUGUUGGGACAUGCACUGCCAGGUGACUCAGGAUACGGAGAGCCUGGUCCUUCAGCAGAUGCAGCAAGCCGUGGCGCUUAGAACAAAUCUGGCUGGACAAGUGAACGACACAGCGAGCAGGCCACAAAACGACAACCUGUUCGAAACAGAGCUGAAAAUGAUAAGCAGUAGCGGAGUUGGGGAAGACCUGAGCGAUUUGGAAUCUGAAAAAAGUGAGAGUAUAAGUAGCACUACAAGGAAACAUUCCCCUUAUGAAGAUGAAUAUGAUGAUGAUGAAGACAAAGAUGAUCCGAUUUUGGAUGACCAAGAAGAUUUCGUGGCUGCACCUGAAAGUGACUGGAUUGGCCCUGUGAAGAUAGAGUUCUUGAAGAAGCUGACCUAUGCCAACCUGAAGAGGAACCUGCAGGAGCAGAUCCGCUACACCUUGCGGAACAAGAACCAGGAUGACGUGUGCGAGGACCUGGUGAUGAACCUCACAGAUGUGGUGAACACCGAACUGAAUAGCAAGGUGGGCCCAGAGGAUGUGCUAACAGAGAGUCAGUUGGAGGAGCUGCAGUACGCCCUGAAUGAGGGGGCAAGAAGGAUCCUGAAGACUAACCGUAUGGAAAGGCUGGACAAGAGGGUAAAACGAGCCAUCGAAAAAACUCUUCUUGCACCCCAGGUUGUGGCACUGCCCGAGGAUGAGAAAGAUUUCUGGGUCAAACUGCUUGAGAGGUAUCUGGCCCCCAUUGUUGAUGACAAAGCACAUCUGGAGGAGGUGACUCGAGAAUUGAAGUCUCUGCGUAACAAGGCAGUGUUUCUGUAUUUUAUGCUGAACCUUUUGUGGAUCGUCGCAACGUUCUUCCUGCAAGCCAUCGGCAGUGAAGUCAUAAGCAUAAAGAUCCCGAAGCUUGAUCCCAGGAACAACUCACCAACAGGAGAAUACAUGUUAGUGGAGCCCCUCAGUCUGAUGUUCCUGCUGUCCUUUGCCGUUCUUCUGCUGGUUCAGUUCCUUGCCAUGCUUUAUCACCGGGUGUACACGCUUAUCCAUGUGGUCUCCUACCGAAGUAGCGAGAAAGAUUACAAAGUGAAGGAUGACGAGGAGGAAGAAGAGGAGCUGACUCUGGAAAACCAAAUUGCACUCUCCAGUGAUGACUUUUUUAAUGAAUUGUAAUGAGAUGUUGCACGAACAUUGCUUUGUUUACUCAUUUUAACACUUGUAACAUACAUUUUAUUCUAUGUGUUGCACCUUAAGAAGAGACUGAGAUGAGAAGUAAUUUAAUUCUGAUGGUAUCGCUUUAAAUGUAUUGCUUAUUUAGUGUACUGUACUUUAAUAUAAGGAAAAUGAAUGGCAUCAAUAUCCUGAUGGACACCAUCCUAAUCUUGACAUAUUUAUUUUUAAGAUGUUGUUUGUAUUUGUGUUUAGUUUUUUUUUUUUUACCUGAUAUAUAUAAGUCAUGAAUGACCUUUUUAGGAGUUCAGACAAUGAUCGUUGCAGGUGUAUAUGUAUCUGCAAUAGCUUCUAAAACAUUUACAGCCUGGGGACUUGGUUGGGCGCUUUACUUAUUUACACAUACAAAUAAAAGCAUAAAACCUCUACCUGGUUGACUUGCAUAAUGGCACAAGACACUUACCCUUUCAUUACUUACACGCACUACUUCCCGUACGGGUGCUGUAAAUCUGAGUUAGGCCUCUUCUUAGGAAGCCUUUAGUUUUUAUAGUAGUCAAAGUUUACUUUUGUUGUAACAUUUACUGGAAAGACUACAAGUGUGGAGUUUAUAUUGUGAAAAGAAUUAGUAGCUAAGAUAAGCGUAUCAAAGCAUUUAUCAGUAAAAGCAAUAUGAUGUCUGCUUAACAGAAUAACUGUAAUCAAUAUGAAGACACACACGCCUUUCCUUUUUGAUACAGUGUUUAUUGUGUCUGUUCAUAGACUGCCACAUUAUCAUUUAGAAUAAUUACUCCAAAUUAAAAUAAGAUUUUUACAAGAA